AAAUCUACUGAUGAGCAAAGUACGUUUGAAAAGGAGAGGAUCGCUCAUGCUAAACAGAUAAUGAAACCAUUUAUACUUAGAAGAGUAAAAAGUGAGGUGCUUAAGCAGUUACCACCUAAACAAGACCACAUCAAAUUUUGCCCAAUGUCCAAGAAGCAGGAACAGCUUUAUAAUGAAAUGUUGAAUAAAAUUAAGAGAUCAAUGGAUGGAACAGACAAAAACACAGAAUUAUGCAAUGUAAUGAUGCACCUAAGGAAAAUGGCAAACCACCCAUUGUUGCAUAGGCAGUAUUACACUGCAGACAAGUUGAGGACUAUGGCCAAACUAAUGAUUACGGAGCCUACUCAUUGUGAGGCCAACCCUGAUCUCAUCUUUGAAGACAUGGAAGUUAUGACCGAUUUUGAAUUGAAUAGACUCUGUGGUGAAUUUUCAAGCAUCAGUCGCUUUAAACUUGAAAAGGAAUUAAUUUUAGACUCUGGGAAAUUUGAAGCAUUAGACCAUAUGUUGUCUGAAAUUAAGAAAAAGGGUGAGAGAGUUGUUCUUUUCAGCCAGUUUACUAUGAUGUUAGAUAUUUUAGAGUUUUUCCUGAAGCAUCAUCAACAUAGAUAUGUCAGACUUGAUGGGAAAACACAAAUAUCUGAAAGGAUACAUCUUAUAGAUGAAUUUAAUACAGACAUGGAUAUAUUUAUAUUCCUUUUAUCAACUAAAGCUGGUGGACUUGGGAUCAAUCUUACUUCAGCAAACAAUGUUAUCCUUCAUGACAUAGACUGCAACCCUUAUAAUGACAAGCAAGCGGAAGAUCGGUGUCACAGAGUUGGUCAGACCAAGGAAGUAAGUGUUAUUCGUUUAAUUGGCAAAGGAACAAUUGAGGAGUCUAUGCUAAAGAUCAGCCAACAGAAGCUAAGGCUAGAACAAGAUAUGACAGCAACAGAUGCAGGAGAUGAAGGGACAAUUCCUUUCGACAUGGCCACUUUAUUGAAAACAUCAUUGGGUCUUUGAAGAAGAGUUCUUACUGACCAUUUUAGCUCUUAAAAAUGCAAAAAGCCAGUGAAUUUGUUUUUUAUAUAUAUAUAUAUAUUUAAAAUACUGACUUUCUGAUUUAUGAAGAUUUGUACUUUUUUUGUAACAGAUAAUGCAGCUACUGUACAUUUCUAGCCAUUUAGAGAAUUAUCUUAUAAUGGCACAUUUUGGACUCUUUAAUACCUAUGGCAGCUGACUACUCCAUUUUUCAAAGAAGUUUUCAGUAAGAGAACUUUAUACUAGUUGUUUGUAACAACAGAUUCACUAGUGCUUUAGAUUGUCAGUAUUUUUGUACUGUUCUUUUUUCUACCUCUCCAAUUCUCUGCUGAGUUGCAAUGGGUAAUAUGUAUUUAUAUAUAUAUAUAUAUAUAUGUGUGUGCUUUGUAUGUAUGUUUGCUUGUCCUUUUUUAUGUUACAUUCAUGCAUUCCUCUGAACUCGGUUAAAUAAAAUAUCGGCCAUCAAACUGAUAGAA